AUGGCCUUUAAGCAACGUAAGUUCCGGAAUAAAGUCAGCGCAGACGAUGAAGACGGAGAAGAUGGGCCCCCCCAAAUUAGGCCGCCGCAGCACCAACUAAAGAAGGACCAAGCAGCUGUAGCAACCAAGCAGGGCCCUAGCGGGAGUAGCUUGGUCGCAAGCAAAGGCGAUGUGAAGAAGGACAGCAAGGGAAGCAAGCUGAAUCUGCUGUCGUUCGAGGAUGAUGGCGAUGACCCUGGCUUUGUCCCGAAAAAGGAUAGCAAGAAGGAGAAGCAGCGGCAGUCUAAGUUAGCGAGGGCGCCCGCGCUCCAGGAAUUACCCACGGAUACCGCGCCUCAGACUUUGCGCUCAACGGCAGGCGAGUACACUGCCGAGCGUCUCAAGGACCUCCAGCGUAACGCCAUCAGCUUCUCCGCUGCACGGCUUGCGGCGGGAAAUGGCAGUGGCAGUGGCAGUGGGGGGGGUGCAGCGGCAGAGGGCGCUGCCGGACCUGCUGAGCCUGUAAUCAAGUUAUCAGGAAGCUUCAAACGAACCGGGGCAGCUAAAGAUGAUCGGUUCAGCCUGCCCGGGAGCAGCAUCGCUCUGGUGCUGUCGGAAGAGGGGCCGGCGGACGCCAUGCCGCUGCCGCCCCCUCCGCGCCCCGGCGGGCCCUCGGGGGCUCCAGGGGGCCUGCCGUCACGAGCCGCCAAGGGGUCCGCAGUGCUGGGGGCCGUGGAGGAGGGUGACGAGGACGGUGACGACGGCGACAUCCCCGACCAGCAGACCAUCAUGGCGGCCAAGGCCAAGCGCGAGCGGCUACGUCAGGCCCAUCUAGCUCCCGACUACAUCCCCACAUCGGGACUGGGGCUAGCCAUGGGGCGACUGCGGGGCACGGCGGGGCCGGGUGGUGCCGGUGCAGGCAGGGGCGCCUCCGUGGGCCCCGGCGGCUCGGGGGGCACGGAGGGCGGCGAGGGGGGGGAGGGCAGCGACAGCGACGCGGAGGCGGAGGAGACGAUGCGGAUUCGGUUCAGCGGCAAGGAGGGCGGCAGGCCCCCUAAGGACAUGGCGCAGUACACCCAGGCGAUGGGGGGCGACGACGACGAGGAGGCCUUUGCGGAGGAGCAGCUGCGUAAGGCCCUCAGACUGCAGCAAAUAGGAGGAACAGGCGUACCAGCAGCGGCCACGGCGGCGGCAGGAGCUGUUGCCGCCGCCGCAGGCGCGGCAGCAGCAGGGAUGGCGGCAGCCUCGGCGGCGGCGGCCGCCGCCGCCGCCGCAGGCGGCGCCGGCGGCGCCGUGUACGCCUUCGGCGUCGCGGCGGCGGUGGCGCCUUCGGCAUUCACCGUCGGCUCCGGCGGCAGCCGCCUCGCGGCGAUCACCGCCGCCGGCGAUUCCGCGGUGGCCUCUCUGGCUGACGGUCUACGGCGGCUGCAGACCGCUCACAAGCAGGUUCGUCAAACCGCCCGGCGCACUGCAGACAACCUGACCGCCUCCCUGGCCAAGGUGGAGCAGCUGGAGUCGGAGCUGAAGGCGGCGGGUGACAAGUACUUGUACAUGCAGAAGCUCCGGGCGUAUGUGGCGGACCUGUGCGACUGUCUGCAGGUCAAGAGUGCGAUAGUGGAGGAGCUGGAGGAUUCCAGGUUGGAGCUCAUGGAGGACCGGGCGCAGGCGGCCCGCACCGGCGUCAGGCAGGCGGAGAAGGACCUCUUGGCCCCGGCGGAGGCGGCGGUGACGGCGGCCAUGGCGGCGCUGGGGCGGGGGGCGGGGACCGCCGCCGCCGCUGCCGCCGCCGAGUCGGCUGCUCGCGACGCACGAGGACGCGCUGCUGGACGAAGAGGGUCCCGAGGAGGCAAGAAAGCGGUUGUUAGCUCGGGAAGCCGGUACCGGGAGAUCGUGGAGGCGGCCAACACCGUGUUCGCGGAUGCUGACGAGGAGUUCGCCUCCAUUGGGGCGGUCAAACGGCGACUGGAGGAGUGGAAGGCCAGGUACCCCAAGGACUACACCAACGCCUACAUGCACCUGUCCAAUCCGGCGCUCUUCGCGCCGUACGUACGGCUGGAGCUGUUGCGCUGGGAUCCGUUGUACGGCAAGGCGGAAGGAGCGCCGUACCAGGGUUUUGACACCCAGGAAUGGUACGGCGAGCUGUUCGAGUACGGCAUGAAUGCUGCCGACGGCGCUGCCAUGUCUGACGACGAUCCGGAUUCGGAGCUUGUUCCCCAGCUGGUCCGCAAGCUGGUGCUGCCGCUGGCGUUGCACUGGAUAGAGAGAUGCUGGGAUGUGGUCAACGGUGCGCACACUCGGGCCGUGGCGGCACUGGCAUCCGAGCUCCUUGUGUAUGUGCCUGCGGAGGAGGAGCGCAUGGUGGAGCUGCUCAGUGUCAUCCGGGGCGCCCUGGAGGCCGCGGUGGAGGCCUGCACGCUGCCGCCCUGGCCGCCGGCCGUGCUGGCCUGCUGCCCCCUGGCAUCGCGAGUGCUGUUCCGGCGCUUUCGCGGAGCGUUGCGGCUGCUGCACAGCAUCAGCUCAUUCGAGGGACUGCUGGCGCGGAGCCUGCUGACGAGGCUGGCGCUGGGACGGCUGGUGUCUGGGCAGCUGAUGCCGUACCUGCGUGCCGCCGCGGCGGCGGGUGGUGGUGAGGUCAGCGGGCUGGGCUUUGCGGUGGCGGCUGUGGAGGCGGUGGUGGCGGGACUGCAUUCCGACUGGUUCUCUACGGGGCCGCUGCCGGAGGGGACAGUGCUGUUAGAGCACGUGGUAUGGUUGGGCCGGGCGGUGGAGCAGCAGCGCGGGUCGGGUGGGGACGCCGGGCUAGCGGCUCGGCUGGCGCGGGUCAUGGCUCGGCUCGGUGACCUAGAGCGAAGUAACCGACUGGCAGCGGCGUUCGGGAUCCGCACGUCGUAG